UAGUAAAUUAAAAGAUUUGGACUUUUUGAACUCUUACUAGUUGUUAGUGGUUUUAGAGACAAUUACUUAUAGUGAUUUACGUUUAUAAUACUGCCUUUAUAAGGUUCAUACAGAAAAGUAUCCAUUUUUAAAUACUAAGACAGAAUGGCCCAAGCAAUGAUGAAAAAGAUUGCCAUGAGCAGUGCAUGUGUGGUGGUUGGCAUCACCAGGAGGACUAGCUCCCGCAGCUUGUCUGCAGGGUGCAAGAAUCUAUCAGCCAGCAGGAAGGAGAACAUUUUGCCAUCAGAGGGGGAGGUCACAAAGUCUGUGUUCAUGUCUCAAUCUACCGAUAUUUACACUAACUUGGCUCUGGAAGAUUGGAUGUACCGUAACAUGGAUUUCUCAAACCACCAUGUUAUGAUGGUUUGGAGAAACGAACCGUGUGUGGUUAUUGGUAGACACCAGAACCCAUGGAUGGAGGCCAAUAUUCCUCUCCUUGCUGAGAGAGAAAUUGAUUUGGCCCGCCGCAACAGUGGAGGUGGUACUGUGUACCAUGACCGUGGGAAUUUGAACAUAACCUUCUUCACUCCAAAGGAGAGAUAUAAUAGGAAAUACAAUUUGGAGUUGAUCCAGAGAGCUCUGUAUAGAGGAUUUGGUGUCAAGACAACUUUGAAUGAGAGACAAGACAUAAUUGUACGAGACAAAUAUAAGGUCUCUGGUACUGCAGCUAAGCUGGGCCGGCUGACAGGAUACCACCAUUGCACACUUCUAGUCAAUGCCAACAAGGCAGAUCUCAGCAAGGCACUGGCCAAACGUGAUCAUGGCAUACAGACAAAUGCGACGGCGUCAACACCCUCUCCUGUGGCAAAUCUGCGUGAUAUGGACAACCGGGUCACUGUGGACAGCCUGCAAACCGCUGUGGGGUACGAGUACUUGCGUACUCCGGCCCUGCACCUCGCUGAUGGUGGACAAGACCUUAUCGCUAAGCAACGAGGUUUCCAGUUCGUAAAUCCUACUGACGAUUGGUUCCCAGGUCUGGAUGAAAUCAAGAAUGAACUGAAGACUUGGGAUUGGAACUACGGCAGGACUCCAGUAUUCACCGUCAGCCGUUCCUUCCCUGUCCCCGCAGAGUUGCUUGCACCGUCCCGAGUGUACUCUGCUACACAAGAGCUUGUAAUCAAUAUGACAGUCGAGAAAGGUUUGAUUAAUGACGUUACAUUAAGCAUACCUCCUGGACUAGUCGAUUCUGGGUUCCAUGGUGAAGCUUCGGUUGUCACUCAUCUUAAAGGAAAGCGUUUCACUUCCGAAGCACUUUCAGCACUUCAAGAAGCUAUGCUCACUCGCCAUCUCACCAGUGACCCCAAAAAAUUGGACGACAAAGAACAAUUUGUUGCAAAAUGCUUUGAUCAAGUGGUUAAUACUAUCUAAGUGGUCUACAUUAGUAUAAUAAUCUAUAAGUGCUAUAUCUAAUUGUGCUAAUUAAGGAUCAUGGACUGUUAUAUCGUAUUUAUCAAUUGGUUGUAAAUGUAUCUAUAGUAAAGUUUAUUAGAAAGGUCGUCUGUGGACAGACUUAUGUAAAUACAAAAUUAAUAGGUAACUAAAAAGUUUAUUUUUGUAUAUUGUAUUUAAACUAAAUGUACUAAUACAUCUUGCACAUUUGUUAGCUUCCUAUGCCUACUAAUGUUUCUUGUCUGUUUCUUGUUUGUAAUUAACUUUCAAUUUGCUUUGUUAUUAUGUGUUCUUUUAGUUAAGUUAUUAUUUUAAAUAUACAGAAAUAUAACUUGAUAUUAUACAUUGUGUUUUCGUUGUAUAGUAUUUUGUUAUACAUCUGUGUUAUAAAUGACACGCGACUUGCACCUGUGUGCUGUACGCUACAAGAAUGCAUCAUAUCAUUUGUUUUAAUUAAUUAUAAUUUUGUUACUCAGUUAACAUACUUAUCCAUUUAACUGUAUUGUAUCAGACAUAUUUGUAUGUAGCACGUAUUUUUAUUGUUUAUUAUUAAAUAAUGUAGACUUCAUUAACCAGUACGAUAACCAUUUCAUAACUGCAUGUGUUUUCGUAAGAUCUGCCCUCGGAUGGGGACUUUUU